AUGGCACAAAACGUGGAAAUUCGAACUCAUGAUGGGACUGUCCUUCGAGGCCUGUUUUAUCCGACUCAGCCGCUGGCCCCAGUGGUGAUAAUAUCUGCAGGUUUAUCAGGCAUCAAGGAACAUUUCCUCCCUGCCUAUGCUGAAAGGUUUCAGAAGGCAGGGUAUGCUGUUGUUCUCUAUGAUCAUAGAAAUUGGGGAGAAAGCGAGGGACUGCCCCGCCAUCAUUCCAACCACUAUGAGCAGGUCCAAGAUACGCACUGUGUUGUCCAUUACAUUUCAACACACCUAGAUGUCGACCCCGCUCGUAUUGCACUUUGGGGGUCCAGCUUCUCCGGGGGAAUCGCGCUAAUUGUAGGUGCACUUGAUCCUCGUAUCAAGGUGGUUAUCAGUCAGGUACCUUUCAUUUCUGGCAAGAUAAAGAAAGCACGCCCCCCUGACGCCCUACUUGCCAAAGUUUAUGCAAAUAGAGGUCAAACUUCAUCUUCAGACCCUACUUACAUUCCCAUCUAUCCAGAAUCCCUGGAGGAGGCUCAGAAUCCAGCAAACGGGGCUAUAAUGGGAAGUGAGGAGUGUUUUCAUCAUUAUGCGGACGUCCGUAACCUUGAACCUCGCCGGGAAAACAAAACUACCCUUCAAACUUUGUUCCACAUCAUGCGAUCGGAGCCACAGAGUUACGUUUCCCAAAUCUCGCCAAAGCCAUUGUUGAUGGUUGUUAGUCUUAAAGACACCCUAAUCGAUCCUCGACAGCAAGUGGCUGUCUUCAAUGAGGCUGGCGAACCAAAGCAGUUGCUCAAGAUAGAUUGCGGUCACUUCGAUGUGUACCGUGGCGAGAGCUUUGAGGGCAAUGUUUUAACACAGGUCGCCUUUUUGGACAAAUAUCUCUAA